GCCCUCAAGUCAUUACUCCAACCAUAUGGUACCGACAGACCUCAAAGGACAUCCUGGAGGGCAAGGACGUUAAUCUCGUAUAAAAGUAUCAUCGCCUCCCUUGAUGGCACAGUACACCGCUCAUACACCAAGGGCGACAUCUCAGUGGUCAUUGGAGGCCAGAGACACAAGACUGGAAAGAUUAUUCAUCAGUAUGGUUAUAACCUUCCUGGUCUUGUGUCAGUACAGACACUACUGCGUUUUCACAUGUCUCAGCCUAUAUUCCGGGCAAAUUGGGUCCUAUACAUCUACCCUCAGGUCAGUCGACUCAGCAGGUAUAUAGUAUAA